AGCUCUUUUGGCUCAGAGCCUGCCCGUGAGACUCUUCGGUGGAAUGGGCGAUGGGGACCAGCGAGGCACGAGCCGCUCGUGUGGGGCAAGCGUCCAAGUACUGCUGCUCCUGGCCUUCUGCCGGGCAGCGCAAGUACUGGACCGCGGCCAGUGGCAGCUCCACGUGCUGUGCCUCGUUGUGACCUUGGCGCUAUGUCGAGCGUCCUGCCGAAAGCAGGUGCUUAGCGUCACUGCCUUCCUGGUGGUCUUGUACUUUUGGUGUCAGUACGAGGCGGCGGAGCGAAGAGGCCAAAUGCUUGGCGAUCGCCUUUUUUCGGACAUACUCCUCAUGCAGAUGGUGCUGCUUAGCGAAGGCCUAGGUCCUCCUGCGCUGCUGGCCUGGACGGGAUGCACAAUGCCCCUUUUUGCCGCCCGCGCACAGGUCUUUGAGGUCGCCAUCCUGCUUCUGGUGCCUUGCGCCAUGUCCUUGGCAGAGAAGCAACCUGCCGCGGCCGCCGACGCGGAUCGCGAACAGGUGGUACACCAAUGCCUCAAGCUGGUCCUGCGGCAGCUGCAAGUCCCUCUGCAGCUGGCCCUCAGUGAAACCGCAGGAGAUGCUGUCAGGCUGAAAGCACGCAUCCAACAGAUGUGGUCGCUGUUGUCAGGUCUAGACUGCCGACUGGACCGGGACUUCAGGAAGGCGAUCAAAGAGAUCGCGGCCUCCGGCGACAGCGACCAGGUGCCACCGGAAUUGGCCUGGUGGGGCGACAAGAAAGAGAACGAGGAUCCGGGAAGUGUUGAGGCUUCCACCUGCGAAUCCUUCUGGGAGGAAUUCCCGAACGAUGCGCAGGUCCUGCUGGAAGUGGAGCUAAGGGACUCAAUGCCCGUGACAGAGGUGAAGCUGCUCGUGCCACAGACUGCUUCAUUUCUCCACGAGUACUUUGUAGAGGAUUGGGAAGGUUUCCGGAACUGGCUUGAGCCGGAGGUGAACAGGGCUGUGCACGGCUCGCAAGUGCAAGAUUGUACGUCCUGCCAACUGCGACUGCCUGUGCUUGGCCGCCUGAAUGGAUCCUGGGAGAACGAGCUCACCGACUCGGCCCUCUGGAUUCCUCACCGGUUUACGAAU